AAUAAUCAAUUUAAAAUCCAUUAUAUCGGAUCAAUUCUUCAUUUUAACAAGUAAGGAAAAUUCAGAAUGAUCUUCAAAGGGAUAUAGACCUAUAUUUGUUGCCGGCUUUUUUAUAUUAAUAACUGGAUACGGGUUGCAAUCUUUCGUUGUCAUAACUGAACCCUCUUGCGCAAGACUUUUUCGAACAGUCAGAGUCGGGUUUUGGGAUUGCCUCAAAUUGAAAAUCGAAAAAUACUUCGAGGGAACAUUUUGUUCUGAUGACAACUAUUCGUGGCUGUAUUAAUUGAUAACAUAUAAUUUCGGCAAGCGAGACUGUAAUUUGAUGAAUGAAUUUAUGCAAGAUUUCUUCCCGGAUGAACGUACCAUCAUACAAAGAAUAUACGACCGUAUGUGCUGUAAAACAAAAUCUGAAUGGGGAUUACGAGCACUUUUCGAGUAUCUUGGCAAACUUCCCCUCGGUGUCCAGAAAUCUACUCGCUAUACCAUCUAACACAUGUUAUACUCUAUAAGUUUAUGGAACCAAGUCGUCAGUGGAUCGAAAAAGUUUGGGAAUCACUGAUUUAAAGCAUAACUAUGAAAAUAUGUUUUAAAUUAAAAAUGCUACAUUUUAAUUUUUACGUCAUAACGCAUUAAAUCAUCAUUUAUUCUUAUUGGGUCCAGCCCCACGAAGAAAUUUGAAAAUUUUAAUAUGAAACAAUAGGCUACAUAAAAAUUUUUAAAAAAUUUAAAUUUAUUUUAAAAACUUGCAUUUUUAAAACAAUAACCAAAGCAAUAUGGAUUUGCGGAAGUAUUUUCUCAAUGUAUUUACAUACCAACACAAAAGCUAAAUUAGAAAUCUAUAUUUACAUAAUAGAAUUAACACAGCUGAAUUAAAACACGAGCUUUUGUAGAAUAAACAAAGAAUUUGUUAGUUAUUUCUUCUACGAAUAUUAAUUUUAAUUUUUCAAUUUUAUUAUUAACGUCUCGGCCAUUAAUAGAAGAGACCCAAAACUUUGUACGAUUGUAAUAAUUAUACAGCAAAGUUAUUUUCUUUCCUCGAUCGUCCAACGUAAGGAUUUACACGUUAAAUCAAACUGUUUAACUCGAAUAGGGUUUUGAUACAGUAUCUUUAUGCUCUCCGAAAUUCUAAAUUUAAAUAAAAUAAUUAACGUUCAUCAAUCGAAUAAACUAAUCAGAAAUUUUCUAUAAAGAGCAAACUCAUGCGACUAAACAUAAACAUCCUGUCGUGACGGCGAGUUGGAGUUGUACACGUGUAAAUUACAGUAUCUUCGUCACGCAUACUUCCAGAGAGCUUGUUGCGUGACCUACAUACUGUAACUGCUAUUCGGACCUGCUUUUUCGAACAUUUUUAAAAAUUUGAUUGCCGAUGUCCGACCAGCCGACAUGGAGUUUUGAAUGAAAUAAUUUAAUUGCGAAGCUCCAAUAAAUGGGAUUUUCGUAGAUAAAACAAAUAGAGGAACGUGGAUUUAUAAAAUUCUGAAGCGUAUAAAUAUUUCAAUAGGUGAAGGAUCAGAAGCUAUCUUCGUUCAAUAUGAAGAAAUUCGUACUUUGUCUGUGUUUGAUUCUAUUGAUUGAUGUCUUGAUUACCGAAGGAAAAAAUAGUGGUAGACCUCCCGGCGGUGGAGGUGGACCUCCCGGCGGUGAAGGUGGACCUCCCGGGGCUGAAGGUGGACUUCCCAGCGGUAAAGGUAGACCUCCCGGCGGUAGAGGUGGACCGCCUGGCGGUAAAGGUAGACCUCCCGGCGGUAGAGGUGGACCUCCCGGCGGUGAAGAUGGACCUCCCGGGGCUGAAGAUGGACCUCCCAGCGGUAAAGGUGGACCUCCCGAAGGUAAAGGUAAACCUCCCGGCGGUAGAGGUGGACCUCCUGGCGGUAAAGGUAGACCUCCCGGCGGUAGAGGUGGACCUCCCGGCGCUGAAGGAGGACCUCCCGGCGGUAAAGGUGGACCUCGCGAUGGUAAAGGUGAACCUCCCGGAGGUGAAGGUGGACCUAUCCACGAUUGAUCUUUCUGAGGUAGAGGUGGACUUGGGGUGAGUUUUUUAUACCUCCUCGUAAACCCAGCGGAAGUGAAAUCCGUUUAAAAAUUCACGCUGAACGCUUUCUUAUAUUCCGGCUGGAGUGCGCACCGUUGCACAGCAAAACGGCCACUCGUAGUAGUAGUUUACGGUAAAAGGCAACACGGCGUUGGGCAGUUUUGUUAUGGGAUUCAUUAUGUGUUUUAUGAAUAAAAAGUUGUGAAAGUUAUUUGUGAAUUUGGUUGUGAAAGCGCAAGUUAAGUGCACACUAGGGUUUCUCCAACGGGAUCCCGGCUGUUUUUUUAACUCGGGAAUUUCUUCUCAUCCUGGGAUAUCCCGCAAAUUUAUUAAAACUUCACUGUUUUCAUAGCAUACAAAUAACACCUUAUCCUUGCCGAGAAAGUAUUUAUUUCAUAAAAACAAACGUUUUCAGCCUGAUUCACAGGCCAUCAUCAGGUUGUGAACGAAAUUAGAACUAAAGUAUUCCAAAAUAGAAUAUAAAUUCAAAAAAAUUAAAUAAUUAACGGAAUAACA